AUGAUUGAUUGCGAUCUGAUUGACGUGGAAUCUCUGGAUUAUUCAGAUGAUCAGACAUGGUUAUAUAAAAUCCCUGAAGAUUCAGGACGGAAAUUAGAUAUUGAGGAAUAUUUUCAGUCCAACGCCUGGCCGGUUGUUAAAGAUGAUGAUUACAUCAGAACCGAGAAAGAAUUACACAUGCUAUUGGAUAAUAUUAUUAAAAAUGAAGUAUCAGCUCCAGAGAGGCAUAAGUUCGAUUCCCGGACUUACGUGAAGCCUAAGAAGAGAGUACAACGACCAAGCAUCCACAGCAUAAUGGAAGUAACAUCAAACACACCAUCUAUGUCACCACACCCGUCGUUAAACAUAUUCAAUAAUAAAUAUCUUACGUACAAUAAAUACAACAACCCGUUGGGACCAAUAAGUCCUAUGUUGAGACUGAAAACAUUCAAUGUGGAUACGAAUUCAGAGAACAGUUCGGCUGUUAAAGAGUAUUCUAUGAAACGAAGAAGUUUGGCUCCGGACGACGAUCCCCAGCUGGAAGAUUUAGACCUGGCUCUAGCAGCGGACCUGGAUCGAGAGGAAAAUACGUCUUUCAGAGCCAUCAACAUCGACCUAUCACAGCCGGCCCACAACUUACACAAUACAUUCAACAAAGGCAUGAUGAACGUGAUGCAAGAGAGCGGUAGUAUUAAUAUGUAUCAGAGCGGAGAGUCGUUGAUGCGAAUGUCACCACCGAGCCUUGUGUCGUCACUGGUUAUGGAAAGUUCUGGAAAUUUCAACGAAGAGUCUUUAGAUAGCAGGAAAUCUAUAUCCCAGAGGGAUUCUGGGUUGCCAACAUCAGCACGCGAAAGUCUAGAUCCAAUGAUGACAAGCAUGACUUUGAGUAUUUUGGAUGAAAAAGACAUGAGCACUAGCUUCCUCUCUCAAACAACAUAUCCUGACAACGAUAGUCUUAUAGACUCACUUCCCCCUAGCCUAGUUAGUUCAGUUAAUUCCUCGUACAUAGUCUCAAACACUUCCAAACCCAGAGGCGAUAAUACGGACACUAAUAUAUUUAGUUCAGCGACAUUCACACAUCUCGAACAAUCAGAGAAACUGCUAUCUGCUCGGCCGAGAUGUCAGCUAUAUAACAGUUUCAAACGAGACUCGAUAGUCAAAAACUCUGAAAGUUAUACGAAAUCAAGAGAAGAGGCGUGCCAAAUAGAUACUGGUAAAGUCUUGAAUGAGAACUGUGAUAAUACUUUAAGUCCGCAACAAUCUAUAAAGAAUUCACCGAAAAAUAAAUCAAACGGUGAGAUGAGCGAAACUAUAACCCUGCAUUACUCUAACAAUAAGUUCAAGAGGGACAGUGACGCGGAGAAGGAGAAUUUAAACGCUACGUUCAAAUGCGAUGACACUUUCUACAACGAUAUGGGCAUGCAAAAAAUUGAAGGGAAGAUGAGCGUUACUAUGGACAAACAGGAACUAAACGAAAUAAUACAAGCUAGACAGAAACUAUCGCUAGCAAGAAAAGCAUUACCAAGCGAACCUGAAGCUAUAAAACAAGAUUUAUCCCCAAUAAAGACGAUACAGCUUCCCAAUCAAACUAUCAUAACAGUGCCAAGACAGAGUAUGGAAAAUGCAUCGGAAUUACUAUCAAGAAGAAGAGCGAUGAAUUACGACAGAGAUGAGAACACAGCUAUGAGAGAUACACCGAAAAGAAACGCCACCUUUAAGAAAACAUCACCCAAAAACAUAGAGCCCAGUGUAUCAUAUGUGAAAAGAGAUGAAAACAUUAUUGAUAUUAACUCAGCGACAAUGAACCUUAUAGACUCCGCCGAAAGAACUUUGCAACAAGAAGAAUGGAAUCUCCAAGAGCGAGCUAUGAUCGGUUCCAAUGAGAGCACAAGCACAGACACAGGAACAUUCAGCUCGAGCAGUCCGCCUGAGAGUGUACCGGAGACACACACAGACACACAGAAAAUACAUUUAAAUAGCCAAGUAGCAUCAACACCUCUAACAACAUUCAAGAAAGGCAAAAGCGAAUUACUAGACUUACACAACACUAUAUCACCGAUAUACGAUACUAGCGAUGACAAGUCACACACAAUGACCAGUGAUAUGGAAAGGACUUACAACAUGAAUACAACGGUCAUUAACAGUGCUACUAUAAAGAAGACAUUGGCUAAGAGAGAUAUACUGACGUCGAGACAGAGCCCGGAGAAAAAAACACAAAGAUCGCCUACUAAUAGGGUCUCACCUACUGAAACUGUUACAUACGCUGCGAUGGCGCCACCGCCUACAAUACCAAGAAAGACGAAUCUGCCGACAUCGAAACUAAGACAAUAUAGCUCACAUAAAGAACUUAAUAGAAUACCUGUGAACCAGCCAUCAGCUGCUAGAGUAUUAGCUGGUCGUAGUAUGAUGAGGCGCGGCGUGUACGGCUCGAACCCCGCGCUCAGUCCCACGGAAAGUACACAUGGCGCUCCGACCUAUGUACAGAAUAACUUAACGCAGGCAUUAAACAGGCGAGAAUCAUAUAUAUGUAAACCUCAAGAAACUGAAAAAAUUGAACGACCAGUUCUCAUGAACCCACCGGCUCUAGUGAGACAAGGGACUGAGACUUUGAGACGAGAGAAACCACAGAGUCAACUGGUUGCUCCUAAAGAUUUGCGGUCGUCGAUAGCGGCGGUGUCUCGCAAUCAUUACGCCUCUCCUCCAACGACUCGCCCGUAUUCAAUAGCUGGGACGUCUCAAUUAAGAGUCUCAAGGCCGACAUCUGUUCCAGUACAGAAAACAGCGCCAGUUGUGACGUCAUCGGAGCCCCGCCCCACCACAGGCGAGCGUCAGUCAGGCCUCCCAAGACCUUCUCGCCUUCCUGCUCCAAGAAGAACUAUCAGACCUCCCUCCGUAUACUCUGUGGCGCCGACGGCCGACGAACAUUACUGA